AUGGGCGUGGGCCUGCAGCCACUUGAGUUUACUGAGUGCCUGGCGGACAGCCCUCAGUUCCGUGAGAACUUACAGAGGCACGAAAAGGAGCUCGAGCGCACCAGCCAGCAGAUCAAGCGUCUCAUCAAAGAAGUCAAGGAUGUCGUGCAGGCCGCCAAACGGUUGGGCACGGCGCAGCGGGCGCUGGCGGCCAGCAUGGACCAAUUCGAGUUUGCGUGCAUCGGCGCCUCGAUGACAGAGGACGAGCGCGUCAUCAGCCGCAGCUUGCACCACUUCGCGCACCUCAUCAGGACCAUCGAAGACGAGCGGGAUCGCAUGGUGGGUCGUGCGCAGGAACAGAUCAUCCAGCCGUUAGAGAGGUUCCGCAAGGAGCACAUCGGAGCAGUGAAGGAGGGCAAGAAAAAGUUCGACAAAAAGACAGCCAAGUUCUGCCAAAGCCAGGAACGUACACUUUCACUCUCGACCAAGAAGCCCGAAAAUGUGUUCCAAGAGGCAGACGCGGCGAUGGACAUGGCAGAGCGCGACUUCUGCCAAGCGUCCUUGGAGUACGUGUUCCAGCUGCAGGCGGUGCAGGAACGCAAGAAGUUUGAGUUGGUGGAGACGCUGCUAGGUUUCGUAUUCGGGUGGUGGACCUUCCAUCACACCGCCCACGACGUGCACGCCGACGCCGAGCCCCGCGUGCGUGAUCUGCAGCUCAGGAUACAGCGGACGCAGAGCAACUUUGAAGAGAUGAGCAAGCAGACUGAGUCACUCAUGAAGAAGAUGAUGGAGGUCCGACAGAUGAACAAAGAGGAGGAGGGUGGUGAGGAGGUGCGCGGGGGGGUGUCGCGAGCCGGCUACCUGUUCCUCAUGGAGAAGAAGGCGUUCGGCACGACGACGUGGAGCAAGCACUACUGCACCUACGAGAAGAGUUCGCGCUCGCUCGCCAUGACGCCCUACAACCAGAUCAAUGUCAAGACGAUGCUGGGCCCCGUCAAUUUACGAGACAUUCGACCAGUUUUUUCGUCGACCACCGCGGACGCGGGCGGGUGCGAGACGGUGUGCGUGUGCGGCGCGCGCUCGUGCAGCGAGCCGGUGGAGCGGCGCUUCUGCUGGGAGGCCGUGCCCGCCGAGCGCGAGCGCGCGGCCCUCACGCUGCAGGCGCUGAGCGAGCGCGACCGCGCGGCGUGGCUGCGCGCCAUGGACUGCCCGCCCGACGCCGCGGCCCCGCCGGCCGCCGCGCCCGCGCCGCUGCGGCCCGACGAGCCGGCGGCGGCGCUGGACGAGGCGGGCUUCGCCUUCGUGCGCGCGCUCAUCGGCGCCAUCGAGUCCCGCGGCCUGGAGGAGCAGGGGCUGUACCGCGUGGCGGGCGUGGCGUCCAAGGUGGCACGCCUCGUGGCCUGCGCGGGCGUGGGGCGCCGCCUGCCCGCGCUGCACGAGCCGCUGGAGUGGGAGACCAAGACGCUGACGUCAGCGCUCAAGAGCUACCUGCGCGCGCUGCCCGAGCCGCUGCUGACGCGCGCGCUGCACGCGCAGUUCCUCGCCGUGGCCAAGAGCGAGCGGCGCGCCGAGCGGGCGGCGGGCAUGGCGGCGCUCGUGCGGGCCCUGCCGCCGCCCAAUAGAGAGAUGCUGCACCUCGUCAUGCAGCAUCUGCGCAACGUGGCGGCGCGCUGCGACAAGAACCUGAUGUCCACGUCCAACCUGGCGGUGUGCUUCGGGCCCACGCUGCUGCGGCCCGAGCGCGAGACCGUCGCCUCCAUCCUCGAGCUCAAGUUCUACAACGUGCUGGUGGAGACGCUGCUGGAGCACUACGCGGAGAUCUUCGAGCCGGCCGCGCCCCCGCCGCACCCCCACAACGGCACGCUCAGAACGUCGCCGACGUCGAUGCCGAUGAUACGCAACGACACGUCGGCAGUGGAGCGGAUGCUGGGCGUGGCGCCCGCGCCAGCUGUGGGAGUGGGGCUGGGACUUGGCGCGCGCUACUCACCCCAUCACCACCAGCUGCUACAGCACUUCGCACCGCCAAUGAUGCCGCACAGAGGGGUCGGGCGCUCCAGCAGCAGCUCGGCGGAGUCGGUGUCGAGCCACAGCGCCUCCCCCCCUCCGGCGGGCGCGGUGGGGGCGGGGGGCGCGGGGCGGGCGCGCUUCAGCCGCGUGCGGACGCUGUACGCCUGCCUCGGCGAGAGCGAGGGCGAGCUGUCGUUCGAGCCCAACCAGAUCAUCACCAGCGUGGUGCCGAGCGGCGAGCCGGGCUGGCUGCGCGGCACGCUCAACGGCAAGACGGGGCUCGUGCCCGAGAACUACGUGGAGCCCUUGCCGUGA